AUGAGAAUGAAAAAAGCUUUUUAAAAAAUUAUCAAAACACUUGUUAACCAACUUUUUAACCUCUACGAUAUAAGUCCAACAUCAUUUUAUACUUCGGGUUCUCUUCAAAUGGGAAUGACGGAUGAUCAAGAUACGUGUGCACGUGUUUUAUUAGGCGAGUUGCUAAGGAGUGAGUUCGAGAUAAAGCUCAAAACCUAAGCAACAGACCAGACCGCAAAUUUGGAACGUUAACCAAGGCUAAAUCUGAAUAAUCUAACAAGCAAAUACUUCUUCUUCCAAGAAUCCUGCACUUAGGAACUGUAACUGAAAUGAAAAAUGGAGUUGCUUAUAAAAAAACAGUUUUAGUCUGAGAAAAUUUUUAUGCUGUACCUAAAUGUGUUUUUGAAUCGGAUAAAAUUUUUAUAAAAUCAAAUUUUUUUUGUCAGUUUUUGCUUUGAAUUUAGUUGAACUAACAAAUCCAUUGAUAGGAUAUCGGAGAUAUAUUUACGUCAGCUGAUAUAAAAUGACUUUUCCGAUGCAUUACAGUCGCUUUUGCGGUCUUGAUAAAACGCAGCUGCAAUACGUAAAUACGAUAUCAUAUAUAGUUGCCGAUGUCUCACAUAUUCCGAAAAAAAUGACAAAGAUUACGGAUUUUUUAUAUUUGGGUAAUUUUGAAGACUCGACCGACGUCAAAACCCUGAAAGAAGAAGGUAUUACGCAUAUAUUAAAUACUGUUGACGCUUUGUAUCAAAAUACAAGGACUGGUCAAGGUUUUUAUGGUCCUGAUUUUGUAUAUCAUGGUUUUACUUCACAAGAUGAAGAAAGUUAUCCCAUCAUGCAGCAUUUUAAAGAGACGUUUGAUUUCAUUGAAUCCGCUCGAAAAGCAAACGGGAGAUGUUUAAUACACUGUAUUGCUGGUAUUAAUAGAAGUGGGUGUUUAGCUGUUGCAUAUUUAAUGGCUUCCCAAAACAUUGGACCUAUAUCUGCUGUUAAAAUAGUUUUUCAAAAAAGAGGAAUGCUAUUGUCAAAUACUGGUUUUAUUGAGAGACUCGUCAAAUUUGCUGUGGAUAGGGAUCUCUUGUUUCUUGAUAAGGAGCAGUUGUUGAAUCGAUUUGUGGUUUCGGAGUAAACAUUUUGUAUCCAGUGAUGUAAAUAUGGUUUUCAACUGUAAUAGAAGAAAAUAUAAAACUUUAGUUAGUUAUUGGGAAUCCAUUUAACGAAAUAAAGAACACUCUUUAGUCAA